AUGGAGGUGGAUACAUGUGAAGAUGUUCCCGUCAACGACGCGGAAGAUACAAAAACGACAGUCGAAGUCAAGGGGAUGCCGAAAUCGGGGCGAUGGUGGAAAGAAGCUCGUCAUGCCAGACACAGCGCCGUGAUCAAAGUAAAACCUUUAAAGUCAUCAUGGGAGAAGAAAAUGGCUGACAAAGCCAAAAUGAAGCAAGCCAAGCUCCUCCAGCAGGAGAUCCGUGAACGUCAACUUAAAGAAAAACAAGAGAAGAUAGAGCACAAGAAAGAGCAGGAGAAGCGUCGACUAGAGAACGAAAGAAAAGGCGAAGUUGUACAGGUAAUCAAAAAUACGGCGAAACUGCGCAAAGCAAAGAAGAAACAGCUACGAAUGAUCGAGAAGCGGGAUACAAAUUAG